CACACACACACAGUGUUAUUAAAGUUGUCAUGGUGUCCCUCAGGUCUCUAUGUGUGGACGCUCUGAUCGAGCUGUCGGAUGAGAACGCCGACUGGAAGCUGAGUUUAACGGAGUUCAUCAACUGCCUCACACCCUCAUACCAUCCAUACGAGAGAAAGGAGCAUCAGGUGGAGGAGGACUUUAGAGGAGGAGCAGAAGGAGAAGAGCUGACGGAGGAGGAGUGGAGCCGGAGGGUGGAGGAACUCAACGCUGUUUAGACUGACUGCAAGAAGAAGAUCGCAGGAAAUGCCGACAGAAGACUUUUCACACCGAGUCAGAUUGUGGUUCUUUUGGGGAGGUGGAGGUAAAUCACUUUGUUCGGUGGAUGCAGUUUGAACGAGAGGAGCAGUAUGGAGGUCGGGUCGGCACCAAAAUAAAUAAAUAAAUAAGUGGUCCGAAACACAAUUUCCUUUUUAUAUAAUUUAAUAUAUCUUUU